UAAGUUACUCUAUAAUAGCCUUAACGAACCGCCUAGAACAUGUAUUUAUAUGCCACGCUGCAUUGCAGCGACACUAUUAACCCAAUACUGUUACAGAGACCUAACUACAGUAAGAAUACAAAAAGGAACGCCUCUUUCGUCGCAGGCGCCAGCCCGGCCGCUAAUCCUGGCAUCGCUAUACUUACCAAUUGAAGAACAAAUACCACCGCAACAGGUCGUGAACCUCAUCAAAUAUUGUGAAGAAGGCAACAUUGACCUCAUAAUAGCAGUGGACACAAAUGCACACCACUCCCUAUGGGGCAGUGAAGACAACAACAAGAGAGGUAUAACCGACAGUCCUCUGUGCAGAGCAUGCAUGGAGGAAGAGGAAACCCCGAUACAUGUUAUGCUUAGAUGCAGAGGUGUAUCCGUACAACGCGCAGCACACAUUGGAUCCCCAGCAACACUCCAUGAGGCGUUCGGCGACCUGGGCGGCCUGCUAAACUUCUGGAGCGAGCUCGGCUGGCUGGAGUAACUCCGGCGGGGACCAGCACCAAAGGGACCAACGUACAACGGCCAAACACAAAUGGCCAAGUGCGGAAAAGGCCCAGGAUAGAAGAAGAAGAAGAA